GCGUCCGCGCCACCCAACAGCUCUCCCGACGUGCGCGCAGCGCCGCACCCGCGCCCGCGCGCCCUGUCCCGCGCCUGCGCCCGCUAUUUCUUUGGGCCCGACAGCUCGACGGCACUGUGCAGGAGGUCCAUUGUGAAGACUACGACUCAAGAAACCGCAUUCGCAUAGUUCGGACUCCGCUCGGUUGGCGUGUGAUCCCGCGCACUGAGAUCUACAACUCGAUUCAGGUCCCACCGCCGCCUGCGGCCCAACCUCGACGCCGCUAUCCUAGAGAUAGACGCCGGCGCAAACCUCGAGGUUUUUCCCGCCGAAGACCUCGCUCGAAGCACGUAGUACCUGCGGAAGCCUUGCCUCCCGCUCCGCCGAGCCCGCCGACCGGUGAACUGCAGUGGCUUGCGCCGGACCUCGAGUCUCAUAUCCCGUCGCACACGAUCGCAGUGCCACGCCAGUUGCCACCGGAGGCUACUCCGCUGGAUAACCUGCUCGCGGUCGCCGAGCUUGAAUUUAAUCAACAGCGAACCGAGAACUCCCUAGAGCCCUCCACUCCGCCUUCCUACGGGUUCAUACCCCCCGAGGAACCUAGUCGAGACGUGAUGUCUUUUGAAAUAGAGCAGCCGAAGACAGCAGAAGAGAUGUUCUAUGAACGCAAAGCGGUCGACCGAAGUGACGUUGAUUUCCCUGGCGACAUGUCGGAGCACAAAGAUUUAUUCGAAACGAUCAGUGAAGCCCACUACUUGCCCGAGUUAGGUGGUCCACACGAUGAAGCAUUGCUAGAAUCGCUCGUAGAAAAGGGUUGUGAAGAUAACCAGAUCCUAGGGCAAGCGCUCGACAAACUGGCGCAUCUCGUGCAGGGCACUGCGGAGUAUCCUGAGGAGGAGGAGGAUAUGUUAUUAGGCAACGCGCCGGUGUCAGAUAUCAUAGAAACACUAGAACAAUCUUUAGAGUCUCCCAGCCGCAGCAGUAUGACUGCCGCUCAAGGACUCCUGCACCUUCACCACAUUGGCGACCACUUACAGCAGGCUGACGCUCCGGAGAUUGAUAGCCACGGUUACAUCUCUGACCGAGUGUUUGUUUCGGAUGAUUCCGCUCACUGUGCUCUCGAUAGUUUAACCGGGACGGCAAGCGACGUCCAGGUCGACAGUGAAAUUAAAAAUAUUAACUUUAAUCACAAUGAUGAAAAGAGGCUAAAUAGUGAAGUUGGUUUAUCCGAUGUUUUGUAUACCGCACCAGUACCUGAUUCUAACGAAACGUUCUUAAAUAAACAAUUUGAAGAGCCUCCGGCGCCGUCGUUGCCGGAUCAGAGUGACGUCGUACUACCGAGUGAGGAUGCAGAAGUGGAGGUAGAGGGACAGACAUUGUGUAAUACUGUUGUAGAGAGUUGUGAUAAAAGUGAAGCCGAAUCUAAUAUUGAGAAGAUUGAUAACAAUGAAUCUGAACAAAAUGCGCCCGUAAUUGAGAUAAAACAUGAGGAAUCCUUUACGAAUACCCACGAUGACAGUAAUUUACCCACAGACUUAAGCAUUCAGAACGUUGACUCGAGUCCUUUAAUGUUAAGUCAUAAUGAAGUCACAAACGGUUUAGAAGAUAAUGUUUCAGAUAAAAGUGAUGAACAACCCAAAGACUUAAGCGUUCACAAAAGGGUGAUGACACCUGGCGCUUCACCGCGGUGUACGGAAGUGCCGCGCGCUCCCUCGCGGGAGUCAGAUGCAAUGCAGUCGCCACAGCCUAGUGGUAUACCUGCCGUGCCUUCAUCACCUGAGAUAUUUACGAUGCCACUCACUAAAAGCAAACAAACGUUAUUCCUUGAAACGCUUUUAUCGUCCCCUUCUCCUAAAAUGUACACAUCAGAGGUAACUAUCACAAAACAACAGUGUGAACCAUUAAAUCUAGGAAAACACAGGAAAUCUGCGAGUCCUACAGUAUCUAGUUGUUCGGAUGAGAUAAAAAAAAUUAAUAAAGAAUUCGGAGAACCUCAAGAAAAAAAAUCUAGACGUGAAUCUAUUGAUGAUUUAGCUAAAAUUAGUAAAGUUUUUAAUAAGUGCAGUGAUGAACAGACAUCGAAAAAAUCUGACCGGCCCUCCAGUAAACCGAGUGAUGUUAAUACUCCUUUACAACAAUUUAAUAUUUUAAAGUCUCGGUCAGAUUACACACUCCCGGACCCUCUCCUCAUACCUAAAGACAAGCUAGAAGCGAUCCUGGCAGCUCCAGCGCGCGAGAUCCCCGCAUUGCUUAUCCAGAGGCCUGAGCUACGGCUGCCGGCUACUUUCGCCUUUCCAGCUAUUCUGCAGGACCCUGACAUACUCGUAGUUUCCUUGACGCAGUUGGAACAUGUCCUAUUAGAUAGAGAAACGAAACAGGUUAUAUCGCCUAGAACUAAAGAGCACAAAAUACACUCCUCUAAAGGCGAAAGAGACCAGACGGCGCCACCGAAACCAAUUCCCUCAAUGGAUGCCCUCGCAGGUGACAUUGACGCUGCUACCUCCGCAGCGCUCAAUCAAAUGCUGUGGCUGCCUUACCUCAGCCAGCUUGAGGCCAUGGCCGCUUGCUCGCAGAACAUGGAUUUCAUUAAAGCUUUGAACUCAACCGGGUAUGGUGGGCCAAACUAUCCAGAUAUAUCACAAAUGUUUAAUCCGUCCGCUCGAUUUAUGGGAUCAGGCUUCCCUGCGACGCCUGCCAUGCAGGAGUACGAUAGUCGGAUGCAGUUCGCGAUGUGGCAGGAAGCAAUGGCGCACGCUGCCGCAGCCCGGCCGAAGCCCUCCGCACCGCCUGACCAAUGCAAGGAGGCGUCCAAAUCGAGCGACGUCCAAAACCCCUACGUACACUCAACGAAGAGUCAUGGCAGAAGUCAUUCGGCAGCGCGCACGAGCCCAAUUGCGACAAGCUACAGUGGAGGGCGCGCUCUUCACAACCCAUUUUUGGGCGCCUACGGGCCGGCCAUGCGGCCCAGUGCUCCUCCGCCAGGACUACAGCUGUCAUACCUAGGGCCGCCUGCGCCCAGUCAACGAUCACCGCGCGGUCAACAGAAGAGUCCGCCGUCACCUUAUUUCCCUAACAACAAUUACUUGCAAGCGGCACGGAGUGGAGCUGCGGAAGCGGCGCGGCCACGAAUUAGUGUCAAGUCGCUUCAGAAUCUUCUGGAACCGGGUGCGGCGGCGAGAGGUCGCCGAGAGGAGCCUGAGGUGGGCAGCACCACGCCUGCCGACCCUCGUCCUCCGCACGACCCCGCCGCGAUGCACCUCUGGCACCCUCUCUUCGGCAACCAGAAAAGCUACAACAGUCCGUGGAGUUGGACGACGGUAACAGCAACCGGUGACUGACCUCGGGCCCCGCGCGGGCCUCCUCCGCCCGCGCACUGACCCCCCCAAGAAGACAAGUCAGCGUCGGGCGUCAUGUGUUCCCGAGGGUUGAAAUGGAACUCCGCUCGACGAACUGAUCCGUCCGAACUCGACACUACACCCCCAAAUCCCAAUCUCUCACACACUACCUACGUUAUAUAGUUCCAAGAUUAUAAGCCAAAUGAAAUGCCAACAACGAACUUGCACAAAUAUUGUCACUAUCGCAUUGUUAUUCUGCAAAGUUGGGGGCAUGAUUCUAAAUUCUAGACCUUCAAGGCUAUGAACUGUCCAUAUAAUAUAAUCUUACUUUCAACAGAAGAGAAUUUAACUGCUCGCUCAAAUCGCGACGCUAUGAUAUCUCGUAGAAUUUUUAGCCCGGUCUCCGACGAGGUAAAGUUAUCGGAAAGGCCAAACUGUGGUGUAGUCGUAAUAAUUUUUCAUAUAACGUCUAAAGUGUACUGAGAGUAAGUGUAGUGUGUAGAGACUGACUACCCCAUCGAGAGGGCGCUCUACGCCCCUCUCCCAGGAACGAUUCUACUAUUGCAAAUAAAUAAAUAUUUAUUUUCGUUAUGUUUUAAGUUAUCGAUUAUAAUAAUAAUAUUGUUCAUGUUAUUUUUUUUGGGAAUAUUUAUGUAUUAUUUAGAUAAGUAUUGAAUGUGCGGUCGAGUUCCGGCUGCCGCACGCACGCACACACCGCCGUAAUGUAUAUUGUAUAGUAUAGCGCAUCAAGUUAUCGGUGUUAACGUUUCUAGUGUACAUUUCCAUUUUUUCUAUUCCGAAUUCGUGGCGUGCAUGUGUGCGUACGGCCGAAAUGAGGUGCACGCGUGUACGUGUGUAUAAGUAUUCGUGCGUACACGCUCGCCCCCGCGAAGGCAAAGUCCUUUGUCACUACUCACUAUUCCAAAAGUUUCCUCGUGUAAUUUAUUAACUUGAAUAAAUGAAAUUACGCUUCUAAAGUGUACUACAUGUGUAAAUAUAGGACAACUAAUAUCUAUUAUAAUAGUGAAUGUUGUAAUUUGUAUAUAAGUAAUGAAAAUUAAAUUUUAAAUACAUAGAUAAUUA